AUGACCGACGAGUAUCCCACUGAGACGGUCGACAUCGCGGUGUUUACUCCCAGCGCAGCCAGCGUCACCUCCCUCACUGCCGGAAAUUCGGGGCAAUGCGCUCAUCGGACCGGCUGUGAGUGGCUCGUUUGGGAGAAUAUGCCUGAGAGCCAUGUCAAAAAGGCGCUCGGCAUCGGUCUGCUCAUCUAUUACGCUGCGACGUUGAUACGGCACUGGCUCCAGUGUGUUGGACGAUUUGUAUACGGCAGCAACUACAUUUGGUAG